AUGUUCUUGCAGCGAUCCCGGUUCACAGAUGAAAACUACGCGCCAUUUGGGAAGGAAAAUGGGAAUAGUCCGGAUUGUGAUUGGCGUGCAUCGGUGCGGUGUUCUGGUCUCUUUCAGGGUGCAUUCCCGGUCGAGGAGCGUAAACAUGGAGCGAUUUGUGACUCAAAGAAUGGAACCUGUGAAUGUCCACCUGGAUAUUACGGAGCAACUUGCUCGGAAGUUUGCCCCGCAGGCCGUUACGGGCGAGAGUGCAUGCGCAUUUGCAAUUGUCACAAUGGGGCCAAGUGUAGUCCAGUAGAUGGAAGCUGCACGUGUCAACACGGUUAUACCGGGAAAAGCUGUGAGAUUGGCUUUCCUCGGGGUACUUUUGGAGACAAUUGCUCAAAGCAAUGUGAAUGUGCCGAUCAUAUGACGUGUGGUCGUGUGAUCCAGUGGACGGGGAGUGCAUUUGCCCGCCCGGGAAAAGAGGACAAGAUUGCUCUGGUCAAGAUUCAA